AUGCUCGUCAAAACUCCCAUGGUGCUCUGCGCCGUCUGCAUGGUGGCCCAGGGCGCGCCGAAUCAAGUUCCUGUCAGCCAACCUCUUCAUCCGCAAGUCGAUCGGUCUCCGAACUCCAUCCGCUGCGGUACUGGGUCAAACACUGAAGAAUGCCCGGCACGCUACAAGUGUACCGCGCCACCUAACUGCGAGCGAUACUUCCAGGGCAUCUACUACGAGGGAUGUAUCGGCACCUGUGUCCCCGACGGGCUAAUCUACCAUCCCUUGUCUAAUUCUCUGCUUGGACUGCCCAAGACGCUGCGCGAAGACUUUGCCAACUCGAUGAAGGCGAUUGCCUACAAGUACAACGAGGACUUAAUUAGCAAGAUCAGGGCCGACGACAUGGUCCAGCGGUAUCCCGGCUACGUCAAGGCCAUCGCUUGGGCUACCCCUGAUUCUACACUCUACUACGACUCGCGCCAGCGUAUGUGGAGGAUUCCAGCUCGCGUCUCUUCCCACGCUGCCCAGUAUCUUUACCCUGUCGGAGUUGCGGCCGGCGUCGACGACCCGCCGCCGAGGAGGAUCAACCCCAACAGCGGGCCGAGCUUAUUUGGUUGCCUUGAGCUACAGUACGCCAGACACUGUGACAACCAGUAUGGGAUGCAAGUGCUUGCACUAUAA